AGUUGAGAUGACCAGGAUACCUAAUUACACUCCCUCUUCUCAACGGGCCAUUCGCUGUCCGACCGAUGAUCAGAAAUUCGACCUUUCAUUCGCUGCAAUUCAUCUUAUUUUCUUUUAACAACGGGCGUAAAUUGAUAUCUGUAUGAAUCUAUUCCUCAAAUCGAAUCGAUAAUGGUUGGACGAAAGGUAUUCAAAACGAGGAUAUGCGUUCUAUAUACAAAAGGCCGUUGUCAUCGCCAGUCCUGUUCUUUUGCACACGGUGACGCUGAGCUCCGUCGCUAUAAUAAUAGUUCUUCAUCAUCCUCCUUUAAUAAUAAUGCGAGGCGGGACCACCGUGCUGGUGAUUUAAGAGAUAAGUUAGGAAGACAGUGGUCCCCACCUCGGAGAAACUCUCUUGAAAGAGACUCAAGAGAUCCACUCCCGUCUCCAAGAUAUGGGAAAAGGAGUGAUUGGGGUCAUAGAAAAAGACAGCACUUUGAUGGCGAAAAUGAUUAUUCCGGAAGCUUGAGAUUAGCCGAUGGAGUUGAACGGCAUGCCCGAGAUAGAAAACCUUUAUCUCCAGAAUUUGACGAUAUUCAUGAUGAGCAGUCCAUGGUGCAGUUGAAGCAAUUGCAAUCUGAAAUUGACAUGCUAGAAGAUCACAAGCAGCAACUACAGAUCUAUUUGGAAGAAAGUACUCAAGAAGCAGAAAGUCUAAAUUCCAAAAUUGAAGAGCUUGAGAUGCAAUUAUCCACCGAGAAAGAUGAAUGCAAGAGAAUUUCUUCCAAAAUUAGGAAGUUUGUCAAGGCUAAUAACCGCCAUACAAGGCUGCAAGAGGAACUAAAGAGGUCGCAAUCUCGUCUUCAAAGGCUUGGGGAUCAACUUGGUUCAGAUGCUAGAGUUGCUGCUAAUGAAGAUGAUACCAACAUUAGUAUAUUAAGUGAUGAAGAAACUAUGGGCAAUCUCUUAAUGAGCCCCAAAAUUCACAAGGCUUCACCAACGAAGAAUGAGACGUUUGGUAAUCGUUUAGUGGUCCCACGGAAGGAUGAAUAUAAUGCUUCUCCAAGCAAGAAAAGGAUGAGGGCUCACAUCGUAGAAGCUGACGAAAGAUCAAAACAAGGUUCUGCUACAGGAGAACGGGCAAGUUUUGGAAAUAUGAGAUCUGAAAGGCAUUCUAGAUGGGUCCCACACCUUGCUGAAACAAAAAAUACGGAGAAUAACGGAACAAGCAGCACUAAGCCUUUGGGCAGCGAUGGCAAGCGCAAGCCGAUAAGAAGAAAUAGCAAUUUCAGCACCUCUCCUUCCGGAAACAGGUAUAAGGAUCUGAAGGCAACUAGAAUGGCUGCAAAUGCGCUGGAUGAAGUUGUUGAAGUGGAUGAAUUGAAUGAAAAACUUGAAGCACAAGAUACCUCUACUAGAGUUGAGGGUGGCUCUACUACACGCGAAAUUACAGCUUUGCCACCUCCACCGCCUCCUCCGAUUGCCUCCAAUGCUUACUUACAGUACAAGGGGGAAAAUGAGACUCUGGAUGCGGUUAACGAUAUUGACGAGGACGAGAUGCUGGAUGUUGACAUAGAUUGACUCUUAUUAGCUCAGAAAUACAGAAUGCAUAGUCGCCCUAGUUUUUUGCAGUAUGUGUAACAGUAUUUUGAUAUGCUUUCGUGUUUCUAAUACCCGGUAACAAGUAAGGGUUAUGCACUUUUAGGCUUUGGCAGGGACUUCUGUAGCAAUAGAGUAUGCGUGUGAUUA